AUUUAAAGUUUUUAUAGAGAAGGAGCUUCUUCGUUAAAUAUUUAAGAUUAUUUAUUUGGAGAUCUUUAGAGGAAAAAGUAUAACAUAAUGUUGAAAGAAUUUUCUGUAAUAAUCUAUGGAAAUAUAAAACUAGAAUGUAAGAUCUAUUAUGAAGCCAUUUAUCCUUUCAGAUAAUGCAAUUUAUCGCAUUAAGGAGGCACUUCAAAAUGAAAUGACAUUAGGUUUAUUAAAGACUGCUAAUUUACCUAUGACUGUUACAUUUGUUACUGAGCGUGUAACCGAAGCUGAUGGAGAUUAUGUUGCUAUCUGUGCUCAUGCACAAAACUUUUCCAUCACAUUAGUAAAACUGAGACCUGAUGCUUUACCUGAGACUUAUAGGAAAGAUUAUGAGAUUGAUACUAGUGUUUUUAAUCUAUCAUACAGGAAGAUAUAUGAAGCUUUUGCUGACUGUAUGAAAGAUUUUUUCUACGAAUUUCAACUUGGUGGAGCAGCUAUUCCUGUCGGCUUCUGUUCCAAUUUACCAAUGAGACAUUUUAGCUUAGAUACUGCUAUCAUCCCAAGUUUUGGGGUGCAUUCUGCUUUGAAUCCUUGUCAAAAAGAUGUGAAAUCUUAUUUUGAGCAAAUACUAUGCACAUAUGACUACCAGAGGAAUACCCAUAGAUCAUCUUCUUCGAGCAGUUUUACUGCAUCUUCUCCUUCAGAAGGAAGUGAUAAUUCAAGUGAAAUUCAUCAAGUUCAAUUUGAUGCAAAGCUCUUGGGUUGUGAAAGUGUCCUUGGAUUGGAUAUUAGCCCUGAAACGUGUCACAAAUUGCUGGACAAGUUAAAGAUAUUCUUAAAUGCUGGAAAAGCUUUAAAAGAUGUUAUUCUGGAAAUAAGUCCCACAGGUGUCCAGAUACAAGACAAAGACCUCAAGGAUGUUCUUCAUCACCAUUUUCUUAACAAAAUAUCUCAUAUUACACAAGAUUUUGCUAAUAAUCAUGCAUUUGGUUAUAUAUUUGGAGAUUAUGUAAAGGGUCACCAGUUUUUUGCCUUCAUAACUAUAUGUGAAUCUACACAAGUUGUUUUGUAUUUGCACGAAACUUUUCUAUUGGAAAUUUUGCAAAAGAAGAAAGAAGAAUUAAAUAUGAAGGCUUCUCAAGUAUUUCUAACACUGAAAAACUUUCUGAAUGUUGCUCAAGAUUUGAAAGUGAAAGAGAGAGAAAUUCCUUCAACUUUAAAGAAAAGGGUUAAUUUGGUUGAAAAUAUUUUCUGGUGGUUGGAAGGUUGUAGUGGAGAUGUAACACCAACUUGUCUUGAAACACAGGAAUCUACAUUAAAUGUUAGGAUUCAAGAACUUUAUACAACAGCUGUUACAAUGAAACUUAUAGAAAGAGAACAAGAGGAAGAAGCACUGCUAAGGAAAGCGAAAGCUGCCAAGAGGCAUUUGCGGAAGAAAAAACCUCAGCAAGUAGAUGCCAAAAGAACAGAUGACUAUGUAUCAGAAAAGACUUCAGAUCCUCUUCAAAUAAAGGUUAUUCAACUCCUCCAAAAAUAUGCUGAUGAAUUUAGAUCUGUUUUAGAAGACAGAAAAAUCAAACUUGAGCUAUUGAAAGACAAAGCGCCAGAAUUAAUUAGUGGUGAUGUCACUGAUGAAUCAAUUGGAGAGGCAAUUAAAUUUCUUGAAAAGUUCUGCUGUGAUGUUCAUCAAGAAAUAGAAAUGGAGAUUAAUUAUGUAAAGGAAAAAAUUGAAUCAAUAGUUUUUGCUGAAAAUGAGGAAAGAAUAAAUAUACAACCAAAGGGAUCUACCAUUAAUUUAGGCGGCAAACAAUUUCUAAAAUCUGUGCAAAUAAAACCCAAAGAAAAUAUUUUUGAAGAGUUUUCUGUACCAGCUUCAAGAAGUUCUUCAGAAAUUUCUGAGGUUUUAAAUAAAAUUGAAAAGUGUAAAGAAUAUUUUUUGAAUGCUCUGAAGAUAAGAAAAGAAGAAGUAAACGAACUUAAAUAUUUAAUAAGUGGUCUUCAUUUUAGAGAAGAUCGGUUGCCGUCUGAAGAAACUGCUGCUGUUAUCCUACCAAGAAAACUCCUUGUCACAACUGCUAAACUGCAUUUAAGAGAGAUUAUAAAUAUUGAAUCUCAUCUUUUGAAAUUAAGUGAUGCAGAAAAUCAAGUUGUGUUUGCAGUACCAAAUGUUCUCCAAUAUUGUAAAGAUAUUUAUGACUUGAAUUUGUCAAGAUUAGAAAAAAGGUGUAACUUAAUAGAAGAUAUAAUGUCCAAAUUUCCCAAUGCUUCUGAAAUUACAGUUUCUGAGUUGCAGUUAUGUGAAGACUUGUACAAAGAUUUAAUAAAUUUGAAAAAGAUUGAAAUUCAAGAGAUUGAAGGAAACAUUUUGAAGUUAAAGGAAAGAGAAGAUUAUGUUGACAACAAUGUAUCUUCACUUUGCUUUAAGCUUCUUAAAGAUGCAGUUGGAAAUCGUAAAAAGGAAUUUGAUGAGUUAAUAAACAAUUUAGAUUUAUUAGAGGCCACUGAAGUUGAGGACUUUGACAAUGAAGGCAUUGAACUCGUUAAUAACUGUAAAGAUGUUUUUCUUACAAGCAUUGUUAUAAGAGAAAGAGAAAUACAAAUUCUUGAAAAUGAAAUGGAGAAAGGCUUCAAUUUUUCUACUGUGCAGCAUUCACAAGUUCUUGUGACAUUGAAAGACAUAUUUUAUGCAGCUCUUGAACUUGAGAAACAAUGCUAUGAAAAAGUGCUCUUAAAUGAAGAUAAGGAAAUUAGCGAUGAUAAUAAUAAGAAUGAGGUUUUGCCUGUUGUGUACACUUUAAAGGAUCUCUUUGAUGUUGUAUCAUUUGGAUUAAAACAGAAACGAAUUGAGAAGUCUGAUGAUCCCACAGGAGAUAAAACUUUGCAGAUCUAUACUUCUCUUGAAGAAUUUCUUUUGGUGGCUUUUGAUUUGAAACAGAAAGCAAUGGAAAUACCUCUUGAAGUAUUGAAGUCAGAAUUGGAGAAAGUUUUAUCUAAUUUGAUAUCCAAAAUAAAAGAGAGAGAGAUGCAGCGAAUUUCAGAACGUAAAAGACAUCUGAAGGCUUUGAAGAUUUCCAAUUCCUGGAAAAAAGUUUUUCUUACUGCUGCUGAGAUUCGAAAGGCUGAAAUCAUGAAAGUGAUUCCAGCUAAAAUUAAGGAGGAAAAGGAGGAAGAAGCUAUCAUAAGAAUGUUGAAAAGUGAUGAACGACUUAAUGUGGACAAUGAGGGCAGACAGUUGUCAACAUCAUGGAGAAAAAUAUUUAUUCAUGUUAAUGACAUGAAAAGAAGAGAAAUUGAACAAAUAAAACAGCUUCUGUAUGAAACUGAAAAUAGCAAUUUCAAUGAACAAGAGGAAAAACAUGAAACUACUGGGAUAGAUACACUUGAAGAGGAAUAUUUACAAAUCAUUGGUGAGGAGGAAGAAGAAUGUCCACAUGCCGAGCUUCUACGUGUGAUAUCCACUUGCAAAUCAAUCUUUCAAAUUGUUAUUGAAAAAGGAACUGCAGAAUUAGAGGAACUAGAACAUGAUAUGAGACCAAUAUUUAAUCCUGAGUAUGAUGAAGAAAAUAUUGAAUAUGAGGAAGAUGAAAUUACUAAAGCUUUAAAUAAAACAAAGCAAAUCCUCCAAGAUCAUUGUGCUUAUGUAAAGGAAAGAGAAUCUACAUUCACAAGUGCUAUUGAAACUCUAAUUUUUCUUGAAGAUAAUAUUAAAACUCAAGUUUCACUUGCUCAGGAAACAACAAAACGUUAUUUACUUUUUCAAUUAGAUAAAGUAGAAAAUGGGAUAAAAGUACUCUCUGACAAAAUGGAAACUUUAGACCAUGCUUUCCAAGACUUAAUGACAAUGCCAUCUGAAGAAAUUCGUCCUUUUACUGAUCUUGUUGUUGAGGUUUUAAGCUCUGAAGAUAUUCACAGGUCUGAAGAUAAUCAAGAUGAGAGUUCACAACUACAGCCAUCUGAACUUGAAGGGAAAAAAAGCUCAUCUAAGUUUACUAGAGAACAAAUAGAAGCUUUACUUCUUGAAAUUGAAGCUGAGCAAAAAGGUGAUGAUGAAGUAGAGGAUCCAUAUAAACUGGAGGCUUUAAAUAUAUACAAGGAGUGUAAGUCAUUUUUCAAAUCUGCUUUGGACCUCAGGAAAAAGAACUUAGAAAUUCUUGAAUCGGAUUUAGAAAAAUUUGAACGUUCUUUUAGUAAAAAACCGAAGAAAAACGAGAAACAAAGAAAAGCAUUAUCAAAUAUUAAAGCUUGCAGGAAAAGGAUGAACUAUGGCCUUGAAACAUUACAGUCUGAACUUAAAUUUUUGCAGCAUCAGUUUGAAAAAAUAGCUAAAGCAUAUCCUAAAGAACAAGAAGUGAUGGAAAUCAAACCUUCUGAGAUUGUAGCAUCUUCUAGAAAACUAUUUUCAACUUUUGUUGAAGCUAGAAAAACCAACUUGCAUUUAAUGGAUGUGGAACUUGGAUUGCUACUUGCAAAAGAAAAUUCUUUACUGAGUCAACAAUGUAUUAAUGUUGAAACUGCAGAUAUAACAAGAACUGAAAUUCUUGAUUCAUGCAAAGAUCUUGUAAUCGGAUUUGUUGAUAUAAAAAUGAAGGAAGUGGAUGAGAUUUCAAAUUCUCUCAAUGCUUUGGAUGAAAUUGAACGAAAGAUUGAAGAUCAAUUAAGUCAUCUAGAUUCUGAAGAAAUGAAGGCUUCUUACACUAAGUUAGAAAAAGUAAAAGAUGCAGUAUCUACUUGCAAAAAGUUGAGUGUUUCUGCUAGUGAAAAGGCAAAAAGAGGAUUGAAAGAUGCUGAUAAAGUGCUUAGAAUGCUUAAGGAUGUGCUAGAUGUUGUUGAGGAAUCAGUGGUCUCAUCUACUUGUACAUAUCUUUUGAAAUCAAACAUUGAAAAAAGAGAAUCUGAAAUAUAUGCAAUAACAAAAGUACUUAAAACUAUGGAGGCUGGUUUGAAAAAUUUGGAAGUGACAGAGCAAGAUAUAGAGGACUACUUAAAUACCCGUGAUCUGGGUACUGUUAUGCCCGAGGUUGAAGAAUUUCGUAAACAAGCAUUAGGUUAUUUACAAGCAAGGCUUCUAACCAAAUGUGAAGAAAUUGAACAGAUUCAAGCAGACCUCGACAAACUGAAAGUGACUGUGGCAAAUGUUGAAAAAGAAGAUUCAAAAGUAUUUGAUAUUUGUCAAAAUAUUAUAUUUAAAAGCGUAGAAAUGUUGAAAGCAGAAUCCCAGGCAGCUGCAAAUGAGCUUAAAAAUCUGGAAAAAGUUAACAUUGAAGAAAUACAUUCAGAUAUUGAUGAAGUCGAAUUUGCUUCAAGUUGCAAGCGAACACUAAUGAAUGCCAUUAAAAACCGAAAUACUCAACACAAUUUGAUUGAAUUUGAACUGAUGAAGUUAGUUCGCUAUCAGGAUUCCCGUAUAGUUCAAAUUUGCAAGGAUCAGCUUCUAUUUCUCCAAAAGUCAUCAAAUGAAGAAGCUUUUGCUAUCAAAGAAAAAAUUAAAAAACUAGAAAGAACUGGAUAUAAACAAGAGCUUUAUGAAAUGUGUCGAAAGGAUAUUCAAGAAUUCAUUCAAAUGGUGAAUGGAACUAUCCAACUGACUGAAUCUGUUCUGCAAUCCAUAAAAGAAAAGAAAAUGAAAAUUGAAUUAGAGGAUGCCCAGUUUGUAGCUGUUUGCAGGAACCUCUUUCUUUCUCAGAUGAUGCAAAGAAAGAAGGAGAUGUCACUUUAUAAACAAACAGCAGAUCAAGUUAAUGAAACAACUCUAACAAUUGAAAAUAUGAAUGAAGAGGCAAAUUUUAUUUUUAGGAUAAUUUAUGGAAUCCCAGAACAUGCUCGCAGUAUACGCCGAUUAGAAAAGGAGCAAAUUGAAUGUGAAAUAAUUAAGAAAAUGGAUAUAAAUGUUUCUGAAGCAGUUAAUGAUUGUGAGAAGUUUUUUGUAGAAAUGUCAGAAAGUUUGAAAGAUGAACUUUAUGAAUUUAAAAAAGAACUAGAUGAUAUUUCAGGAAAGAAAGAGCAAGUUUGUAACUUCAGCAUAGAAGAAUUUUCUGCUUUGAUUACAAAGUAUAGCAACUAUAUUUUAUCUGUCAUUGAAAAGAAUGUUGAUAGUGAGAAAGAGCUUAAGAAAAAAAUCAAUAGCUUACGUGGGAAACAUGAUACCAUAAAGAUAGAAAAAGUCAACAUGGAUGCUCUUAAUGCUUCUAAUACUGAAACUUCUCAGAAAAAAUUGAAGACUGAGGCUUCUGAUUUGUUAUCAUUAUGUACAGAAGUUUUAUGUUAUAUUAUUGAAAAUUUUAAGAUUGGGAUCAAAGACAUCAAGAUAGCAUUAGAAGAAUUACAAACUCUCAAAGAACCAAUCAGCAAGAAAACUAUGAAACCACUUUCAGAAACACUUCCUGCCAAUCAUAACUACACUGCUAAGCAAAUUGCAUUAUUAGAAGAACUGGAGCAAGAAAUUCUUAAUUCUGAAACUGGCAAGGAAGAAUUAGAAUUCUGUGAGCAUAUCUAUAUUACCACAAUUGAUCGAAAAGAAGAGAAAAUACAGAUUUUCAAACAAAUCCUUGAAAAACUUAACAAUGUAAAAAUUGAUCUAAGUUCAAAGGCAGCAAAUCUGGUUUAUGGUUGGAGGAGUUUAUGCAGUAUGAUUCAUGAUACUUUUAUUGAACAAAAUGCAAUGCUGGAAAAUGAAGUUAUAGUUGCUAAAAGCAUACAUCAAGAAAGAGAAAGAACUGUCGAAAAAUAUGAAGAUGCUGUUUGUCUGGUAAUAUCUAUGUUGGAAGAAAACCUUGGAGAAAUUCUUUUAAAUUUGCAAGAACUAAGAAAUAAAGAUCUAGAAUUGAAAGAACAAAUCGCAUGUACAUAUGUGAAAUCAAAAGAAAUUUUGCAACAAUGUGUUGAACUUAUGGAGGUCGAAUUAAAUCAUUCCCUCCAGAGCUUAGAAAGUUUAAAAAAAUAUAACUCAGUAUCUGAAGAAAAUCCUGAUAUGAAAGAAUUGUCUGAUGUAGAAAAAAUUGUUGUACGCUGUAAGCAUCUUAUGCAAAUGUCUGUCAAACUGAGGAAAGAAGGCAUCCACGCUCUUAAUCUGCAGCUGAAAUUUUUCAUGGGGAAGAGUCAAGAAUCAAGACAAAGGAAAUCUUUAGCACUUCCAUCUUGGCAAGAACGUUUUCUAUCAUUCAUGAAUAUGGAAAAGGAUAAUUUUGAUCUAAGAAAACAGAUUCUUUUUGAAGGCUCUGCUAUGAAUGAGAUUGAACAGGGAGAUAAGUCUCUCAAAUUUACUGAAGAUCAAGCAGAAUCUGAAAUGAAGGCAAAAUUAAUGAUGUAUAAAGAUUUGCUGUUAUCUAUUGAACAUAAAAGACUAAAGCAACCAAGUUACUGCAUUUCUGCAUGGAAUGAUAUCUUCGUAGAGGCAUUUCUUCUUGAGCAACUAAAAAGUCAUGAAGGCCUAGAUAUCAAAGAAUUUACAGAAAUUGAUAGUACAGAAAGCAGCACAAAACUUAAUGCUUUUCACUCAGAAUAUUCAUGGGAUGAACUUAUGCGUCAAGUUACAACUAUAGUUUCCAGACAAAUGAAAAUUGCUUCUUUUCUUCAGUCUAAAAAACGAACUUUUAUUCCACUACUUCCUUGGAAGGAAAUUCUAUCAAAGGCAAUUUGUUCUUGGAAUGCUCUAAUAUAUGAUGAAAUGGCUACCAAGAGGCAAGAGAACACAUUACUUCAGUGGAAAAGUAGAAUGACUCCAAAAGAGUAUUCUGAAUAUGUUGCUGGAUACCAGUAUGGAUCAGGAGAUGACAAGGGAGGAACUCAUACAGAUGAUUAUAUAAUGAAUUUUAUGGUUGAUAUGAAAGCACUUAUUUCUGUGCUUGAUCGAAGUGUUAUUGAUGAAAAUACAUCAAAUGAUGAUAAACAGAAAGCAUUUGUUCCAAAUUCUUGGGAAGAUAUUUUUGAUGAUGCAUAUUCCAUCAUAAAGGAAGGAAAUCAACUAAUUCAUAAACUUAAAAAGCAAGACAUGAGAAUUCAGUAUCAGGCUGCACGAUAUCAUUCAUCUUGGAGUGAUUGUUUUUUCAAAGCUGUUGGAGCUAGAAAAGAAGAAUUAAGAGAAGAGUUCAAAGAAAAUUCUCUUCUUCAAUCUGUGGCUAAAAGAAUAAGAGAAAAAAUGCAAAGUGGAAUUCAAAAACAGGCACUUGAUUUCAUGACAGGAGAACUUAUUAAGCAAGGAAAGCGUAUGUUUACACUAGCUUUAGAUAUAAGAAAUUCUGAAAAAUCCAGUAUGGAAAAGAUAUUAAAGAAUUUCCGCCUUGAGGAAAAGGCAUUUGGUGAUGAUACUGAAAAGACUAAUGAACCUGUUUAUAUUUGGAAGAAAAUUCUGUCCAGCGCUAUUGACUUUAUCAAGAAAGGUUUACCAUUUCAUCAACAAAGAAGAAAGCAUUCAUUCAAAUCAGAGGAACUGUUUUCUAUUGCUGAAAAGAAACUAACAAAAGAACUUGAUACUGGAAUUAUGCAAGAAGAAAAAUCUAGAGAACUACAAUUUUUUCCGGAGGAUGAAAAGCAUUCUGCAUUAUGGGAUGGAAUUUUUCAAACUGUUUAUAAUUUACUUGCAAAAGAUUUGGAAAAGGCAGAGAAGUUAGGACUGAAAGAAAUAAAAUCAAAAGAGGGGGCUGAGAAGGAAUAUCUAGAAGAUAAUUUUGAUGAUUUUCCACAUUGGAUAGAUAUAUUCUUAGAUGCUGCUGACCAAGAAAUUAAAGAAAUGAAUCCAAACCAAAUAGAUUUACACCAAAUUUUGGAAGAAAACUUAUUGUCUGAAGUUAGGCCAUCAUGGAAUGAGAUUUUAUAUAUAUUUUCUAACUACAACCAAGAAGAAAUCAAGAAGCGAUUAUUUAUCAAUAAUCGAAACACUCUAGCUGAUAGAACAGAACUGUCAAAUCUCAAAUUAUUGGUAUCGCAUCGUAAUUUUAAUUGGGAUCAUAUUAUUGUUGCUGCAAUUGAAGAAUUCCUUAAAAUCAAUGAAAACAGAUGUGAUGGAAAUCUAGUUGAAAGUUCAGAAUCAAAAAGACAUUUUGUUUUGGCUCUGCUUGAAAAUAAAUUUCAAAAAAUGAAUCAGUUACAUGAUGAAGAUGAAUCUGCAAAGCACUCUGAAAAUUGUAAAUGGAUUGAUCUAUUGCCUACAAAAGAAACGGAAAGUAAAUUUCAAGUAGAAGAAGAAUUGCUUGAAACAAAGAUUAUCUUAGAAAAUCCUACAUCUUAUUUUAAGAAAGAAAAAAUACCUGACGAUUUGUUAUGGAAGCGUAUUUUCCCAUUUGCUGUGCUUGUGUGGAAAAGAAAUUUAGGAGAUUAUUUGAAAUUUAGUAAAAUGUCAUCCAUGGAAAAAUUAGCGGGAACUACAUAUUCGAAAACUGAUGAACUCAAAUUAUUAAAAGAGAAAUUGCAUCAAGAACAACAAAGGAUUAAAAAAUUCACAAAUGAUAUUUCUCUGAAAUCUAAGAAGUUGAUUGAAGAGCGAUUCGAUUUAAAAGACAGUAAUUCAAUCUCUGAAUAUGAUUCAGAGAAAAAAACAAGUGUUUCUGCAAUUUCACAUAAUUUUUCAACUACAAAGCAGAUUGAUAGCUAUGAGCCUCAAUACUUUUCUGUAACUGCAUCUUGGAAAGAAGUUUUCUUUGCUGCAGUGGAGCGCAACCGAAAGAUUUUAUACAAGCUUGUGGAAUUUAAGAAAUUUGACGAAGCGAAUGAACAUGAAGUAGCUGAAAAAAGGUUUCAACAAAAUGAAAAUGAGUCUUUAAAGACACACAACUUUGGUCAGGAGGAAUUGAAAGAUUUAUUUACAGUACAAAAUGUUCUUAAUUUGCCCAUCACCCUUAGAGAACUCUUUGAUACAACAACUGUUCUUCAGCAGAAAAAACUUGUAUUAUUUAGUCAAUCAUUUGAUGAAGAUUUCAACAAAAUCUCUGAAGCUAAACAAAAGCUGACAGGAACUUUCAAGGCAUUUGAUGUUAUUGAUAAUUUUAAGCAUAUUUUUGCAAGAGGAUUGCUUAUGAGAAAGAAGGAAAUUGCCAUGCUUGAAAGGGAAUUGCAAAAGCUUGACAAUAAUGAAAAAGCAACAUCAAUUCUGGCAAUUUUAUGCAAUUAUUAUAAUAUGGCAUCAAAAAUCAGAGAAAAAGAGAAUAAAAUUAUAUUACAUGAAUUGGAGCUUUUAAAUGACUUCAAGGACAUCUUUACUGGUUAUAUGGAUUUCAGUGCAAAUCAAUCUUUAAGAUUAAGAAAUAAGCACCAUAUCCGUCUAUUGAAACAAGAGUAUCAAAAUAUACAAUUUGUUCGAACUGAUUUUGAACGGAAGUUAAUAUCUCAUCUUAACCGUUGUGUCAGAAAUUUUGAAUCAUCAGUUGAUAAGAGAAAUGAUCACAAAUUUCAAGUUGAUAUGAAAGCAAUGGAUUCUCUUUUAAAAAAUUUAAAUUUAAAGGAGCAAGAACUUCUCUCUGCAGCUAAACGAGUUUUAACAUCUAUUUCCGAAUUGAGAAAGGCAGAAAUUAAACAUUUGGAAAUUGAAAUGAAAAGCUUAAAAAAGGAAACUUUUGAAAGCACCAUGGAAAACAAAGUAACUCAUUUAUUUUCAGUAGUUAUACCUUUCGUGUCUAAUGGGCUUGAUGAAAGAAAGAAUCUUCAAAGUUUGCUAAUACAAGCUAUAGAUUUCAUAAAAGAUGCUGAAACAAAUGUUUAUAAUAAGGUCAGAAGUGCAAGCAUACUCAGCAAAGAGCUCCUUUUAAAUGCGAUUCAAAAUAACAGAUCGGAAAUUGAAACAAUGGAAAAUGCAGUUAAUAAUCUUAAAUCUAAAGUAGAUUGUAAGAAAAAAAAGGUGGCUAAAGUCAUGACUGCUUGUGAAAACUAUAUAGAUAAAAUGGCAGAGAAAAGGAAAUCUGAAAUUCAAUUAGUUGAAACUUAUUUGAGGGAAACGAAGUACAUACAGGUUGCUGAAUUUCAUUCGCGUUGCACACAGUAUUUUGUGAAUGCACUUGAAAAAAGAAAGCAAGAGAUUAUUGAUAUUGAAGUUUUAACUGAACCUUUAAAAGAAAAGGAAGAAGAACUUGAUUCUGAAAUGUCAUCUGCAAUUGAUGAAGCAUUGUGUGAUGCAUUUGGUAUACACCAAGGCAUGACAUUUUUUAAGAUUCAAGAAGAGAAAAAAGAAAUUGAAGUGGCAAAACUUGAUCCUCAGACAAUAGCUUUGUUUUCUGAAUUCUAUUCAACGCUUGUUGAAAGCAUAAAUAAGGAUAUAAAUAAUACACAGGAAAACUUGAAAUCAUUAGAUUCGUUCAAAGGAACACUAGCAGAAGAGUUGAUUGAAAUUUUGCGAAAUUUUGUCAGAAUGUUUAAUAAAGAGAAAGAAGUAAUGAAAACUGAAAUUGGUAUGAUAACUUCAGAAAUAAAUAUGUUUAAAGAACACCAAAAUAAAUUCUUUUCUGAUAUUGAUCAAAUUUUAAACAUUUGUCGUGGACACUUAACUAAAAAUCUGGAAGAAGUAACUCAAGAUAUAAAAGAAUUAAAGUUUCAAUUGAAAAUAUUGACUGGAAGAGAUAUUGAAGAAGAAGAAAUAGAAGAAUAUGUUUUAGAGACAUCUGAUGAUUUAGAUGCUUUUGUUCCAGCAUCUCUUGAUGCAUACAGUGCUAAUAAUUCUAUGCAUGUGAUUGAAUCUGACAUUCAGAAACCAGAAAGUUUGUUACCUACAGUGACUUCAAUAUUACAAUCAGGUCUUACAUGGAGAGAAGAAUCAAUUAAAACAUUCAUAGAUGUACUGGAGCACUUAUCGGAAUUCAAAAACAAAUCUCUAGAAGUAGUAACUACUUGCCUAGAAAAUUAUUUUCUGGUUGGAGAAAAACGGCGGGAAGAAAAUGAAAGAAUGCAGCAUGUUUUCAACUCUUAUGAUAAAAUUGAGGAUUCUUAUGUUUCAAAAGUGUGUAAAGAUUGCUUGGAAAAUGUUCAAUUUUUUAACCUGGAAGCUUUAAAUUCAAUAGAAUUUGAACUGGAUAGACUUACAAAUACCAUCGAUUUGUUGCAAGAGGAAAAAAAUGUUAUUUUCAAUUUUUGUGAAAAGGAUUUUUUAUAUGCUACUCACAAAAUUGAAGAAGAAGUCAAAAAUAUGAACUCUGAUUUGUCUUAUCUGCUAUUCAUGGGAUCAGCAGAGGGUUCAGAGCUUCUGUCUGACUGCAAAGAUGUAUUGCGGCAAGGUGUCAAUGAUAGAAAUGAGGAAAUCCAUAAUUUAACUAGUGAUCAUGACAGUUGGUCACCUGAAAGUGAUGUGUUGCAAGUUCUAGCUGUGUGUGGAAAACAUUUAAAAACUUGUUUGGAAAAACGUCAACUAGAAACACAAAAAAUGCAAGAAUUACUGAAUUUAAUAGAGGAGGAGAGCAACAUGAGCAGUUUGCUGUAUUCUCCAGCCCUAGAAGCUGUCAUGGAAGCAAAUAAUGCCUUCAUCGAAUUUCUUGUUCCAGAAACAUGUACUUUUUCAUACGUUCAAAAGGAAUUGGAAUCAAAGGAUAAAAGACUCAUUGAAGCAUCCCAGACUCUGUACUGUUCUAUGUUGGAAACAUUUAAAAUUGAAAGGGAGAGUAUUUCUUCUGAUAUUGAGUACCUUCAAGACAUACGUACUGAAGGAGCAGAGAUUACUGAAACCGAAAGCAAUGAAAUUACUGUUAACUUCAGUGAUUUAUUUUUAACAACGUUCACACUGAAAAAAUCUGAACUUGAAAGAAACGUCCAUAAAAAACUUAUUGUUGAAGAUGUGAAUAAAAAAAAGGCAGAUAUUUUAGCAGCUGUAAAGGAUGUAACAAAAGAUGAAGAUAUUAAGGAAAAUUUGAGUGAUGAAAAGUUAUCUAUCCAGGAAAUUAAUGAAACUGAGAAAGAAUUGAAACCAUUUUUGCAGUUUGAUAAUUAUUUUGAAGUAAGAAAGCAAGAAAAUAAAUUAAAGAUGGAUAAAAAAGUGAUAAAAGAGUUUUUAGAUUUAGAAGUAAAAUUAAAUGCUAAAGUGGUGGAAACAGCCAUCAAGUCCCCUAGUUCUUUGGAGGAUAAAAGUGAAAAGGCGUCUGAACCAGAUAAGGAUACAGAGGCAUUUGUAAACCGAGUGUAUGAAAUAAAAGUUCAGCAAAUUGAAAAUGAAAUCUCUUUAAAACGUGUCAAAAUUGGCAACGUAAUUAAACAAAGGAAAUACAUCAUGAAAAAUUUCAUAAAAUCAAAAAGGCAGGAAAUGGAAGAGAGUGUUAUGUUGAAAGAGAAGCAAAUGCAGCAUAUGCUUGAUGUUGUCAAAAGUGAGGAUUCGCAAGUUAUAUGCUCACUGAAAGAUAUAUUCAUUGAUGUGGUAGAACUAAAGAAUAAAGAAAAACACUCUUUAAAGAACAAAAAAGAAUUAGAAAAAUAUUUAGAUAAGAAACUAGAGACUAAAAAAGUUUUUGUUAACUUGGAUACAAUAUUCAAUGCUGUCCUUGGUAUUAAAGAAGAAGAACUUGAAAUGUUAAAGCGAUCAAAAUUCAAAGAAAUCGAAAAAUUAAUUAAGAUGAUGAGACGAGAGGUAAAGAAGCGAAUUGUAAUUGCAUAUGAUAAACUUGAAACAGCUCUGAGAAAAUACCGACAAUAUGAGAAAGCACGAGCUUUGGAAUAUGCUGGGAUAACUCAAUCUGCUGAACAAAAAGGAUCAGAACGAGAGGAAUAUUCCAUUCCUGAUGAGGAUAUAUUUCCGGAUAUUAAAUCAUUUAAAGAUUUCAUUUCUACUUUUAAAUCUCCAUUUGGAGCUGAACCAAAAAAAUCCAUUUCAAUUUUUAAAGAUGUAACUUCCAAAGCUGAUGAAAUUAAGCCAUACAUACCUUUCAUACGACCUCAUGCAUAUGCAAUGCACGGUCUUGCUGGACAUAUUUUAAAGCUUUAUGAAGGAGAAUUGCAAGCAUUUUCGAAAGUACUUUAUGAUUUAAAAAAAGAAACGGAAAAUGCUAUUCAGCAUGGAAUAUCUUUCAUAAGUGAAGAAACGCCAUCCAAUGAAGAAACGGUUAAUGCUGCAGAAAAGGAAAUUAUUUUUGAAAUGGCUGCUGUCUUAAACGCCAAUACUAGUGUACUUGUUCUAGGAUCAUACUUGGAUGCCAAUUGUGAAAUUGCUCUGAACUUAAGAGGAAAUUUUGGCUUAGCAUAUUUUGAAGACAUUUUAAAUAUAGAAAAAUGGGAAUGUUAUCAGCCUAAUAUUCGAAAGAUUUGAAAUGCUUAUUAGUGAUUAUGGCUUGCUUGAACUAAUAAGAUUUAUAUUCUUGGAGCUUCACCACCAACAUCUUCUUUGCAGAAAAUGUGGCAUGGAAAAUAUGUUUAGAAGUACUGGUUUAUCAUUUAAU